AUGUCAAAUGUACUGCAGGAAGACCAACGAGCCGAUGGUCAGAGUUCUUCACGGAAAGUUCAGAAGAAAGACCAGUUCACUGUAUCCUUUGGCCUCUGCGAAAUCAGUGGUGCUCUUCAAUGUAUUGAAGCCAGUAGUCGCAACAGUUUUCAACUUCUUGUUUUGUGCAAAAAUAAACUCUACAUGCUCUUCGUCUAUGGCAGUUUCACCAGUGGUGGCAUCUUAGCACCCUCAUCACAACCAACGGUCAAAUCCAAAAGUUCCAUUUCGGAUGAAGAAGUGGAGUCUCGGAAAUCAAAAGCUGCAGAGCAAUCUGCCAGGUCCUCAAAAGCUUCUUUAAGUCGACGUGGCGCACCAAUAUCUCCAUUGACUCCUGUUGAGCGUACAAGUGAAAAUGCAAGUGAUACACCUUCAUCUGGAGAACCGACACCGUACAACGCGAAUCCGCCAGUGAACUUAAUGACCGCAAAGAGUGGAUCCGUGGACGCACGUGCUAGUAUCGCACCAGCAGUACCGGUUGGUGUGGGAGAGGAACAGAAUGUUCAAUCUACUUACUUCAGUCUACCAAAGCCAGUUGGGAAACAAACUGUACCGUCAGUUCGUUUACCACCAAAUCAGCGGAAAUCCAGUCAACGAUCAAAGGUUACGCCGUUGAAUGUUGCUCCGGCUCCAGUCGACGAGCGCAAAAAGAUUUCAAGCGACUUAUCCACUUAUAUUAAUUUACCGAAAUAA